UCACAGCACUGAAAGGGGGAGAGACACGCACGAAUGAAGAGUAGAAUGGUCACAAUAUGCCGAUCUGCCGAUCUGUGUGUGUCUGCCUUCCAUGAUGAGCAUCCAGAACAUCCCAAGCCACGCAGUGACAGCCACGUAGACCAGGAAGAGGAUGCCCACCACGACAGCCGACCAACCCACCGUCGUGUUUGCCUGCAUCAGGAUGGAGAUGAGACAGCAAGCAGAUUGAGACAAAAGGGAAGCCUCGUCGGGUCGCGUGUGUGUCACUUACGCAUUCGCUGUCGUUCGAGCCCCAUUCGAUUCCGAUGCAGCUGAAGACGAAUCCGAAGCCAAUGACACCGAUUGUGUACAGGCAGAAGGGCACAUCGUACACAAUGAUCUCCAUUGCGCUGAUGUGCGCCAGCCGAACACACACAUGUCGGUUGAUGUGUCUCCAUAUCGAUGAGUGGCUCGUGUCUCACGCCUUGUAAGUGUUUGUCGAUGUUGGCUGAGAGGCCACGUGUGCCGGUGACGCUGCGGCCUGCCUUGCGCCCUCUUUGAUGCCCUUGUUGAGCCGAUCUGCACGCACGACCGAGCCGGAUGCCAAGGUGAAUGGCUGUCUGUGUGCCCUUUGCGACCUUACAUGAAAGAUAAACGGACAUCGCGCAGUUCAGAAGUCCCAACAGAGCCUCGACGCCAAUGGAUCUGAGGCAAUGCACGCAGAUGAAGAUGACUCACAUCGGUACACGUAUGCAGCGCCGUGCAUCCCCACAUCUUGAGCGGCCUGUCGCAGGAGCGGUCAUCAACGAGGCCCAGUACAGCAAUGAUGAACAAAGGGAUGUGGAGGGCGAAAGUCGUGAAGACGCACCAUCCCAAUGGCUGCACACGGAAAGCCAAUUAAGGAGCAAUAAUGGGAGAGGCUCAGCGAAGUCGGCAGCUUCACCACGUAGUGGCAAUACCUUGUCGCACAUGGUCAAACAUGACGACAGCCCCUGGCACAGGCUGUUGCAUGCGCUGCCACAACACUGGCUGCAUGACGAGCACCCCUGGCAAAUGUAUAUCAU